UUAGCGGCGCUCGGACACUGCGGCCAGUUUUGUGUCUGGGCGAGUUGUGGAGACGUGCGGCGCUCGAGGGAAGCGCAUCUCCCUUUUCCUCUGUGAAUUUUCUCUACGUCUGUAAAUAUACUGCUAACGGGUGAAGGAGAACAAAGGAAGAGGCGCUGCGCGAUUGGAUUACUUUCAGAGGAGACGGAUGAUGACUAUGCGGCGAUGAUCGUGCGGAAUUGAUCUCCGCCGAACCGAACGUAGUCUAGUAAUAUAUUAUAAUAUAUGUAGUGUGAUUAUAUUUAUUCAGCCGUUCCCCUGUUUGGGCAGCUCUUUGCCGACCGGGUCCAACAGCCGUGGGAACCGCGGUGUCGCGGCUCAGCAGGAAGGAUGGAUCAGGCGGCGAUCCUGAGGAAGUUCGUCCUGGGGGUUGAAGCCAUGCGAGCCGGUGACCAGAGAGGAGAGGACAACUUCGGCAGCGACUUCAUGAAACUGCGAAGACUGUCGACCAAGUACAGAACGGAGAAGAUUUACCCCACAAAUGCUGGAGAGAAAGAGGAGAAUGUGAAGAAGAAUCGAUACAAAGACAUCCUGCCCUUUGACCACAGUCGUGUUAAGCUGUCGUUGAAGACAUCCAGUCAAGACGCUGACUACGUCAACGCGAACUUCAUUAAGGGAACGCGGAAGCCCGAGGCCUACAUCGCCACGCAGGGGCCCUUACCCAACACCGUCAUCGACUUCUGGAGGAUGAACUGGGAAUACGGCGUUAAAGUCAUUGUAAUGGCUUGCCGAGAGUUUGAGAUGGGAAGGAAAAAAUGCGAGCGGUAUUUCCCACUGUUGGGUGAGGACCCCUCGUCCUUUGGACCGUUCAGAAUCUCCUGUGAAUCGGAGCAAUCUAGGCCCGACUACUUCAUCCGAACUCUGAGCGUGGAAUAUCAGAAUGAAACUCGCCGGGUAACGCAGUUCCACUACAUGAACUGGCCCGACCACGACGUCCCGUCCUCCUUUGACUCCAUACUGGACAUGAUCGGCAUGGUGAGGGAGCAGCAGGACCAUGAGGAUGUGCCCAUCUGUGUCCACUGCAGUGCUGGCUGUGGUCGGACAGGAGCAAUCUGUGCCAUUGAUUACACUUGGAACCUCCUGAAGGCUGGGAAAAUCCCGGAAGACUUCGAUGUGUUCCAGCUCAUUCAGGAGAUGAGGACCCAGAGGCACUCUGCUGUUCAGACCAAGGAGCAGUACGAGCUCGUCCACAGGGCCAUCGCCCAGCUCUUCGAGCAGCAGCUGCAGCUCCUCCAAAGUCCCAGUGAUGCAGAGAUCCCCGACGGCAUGGAUGAAGGCAGUCCUGAGAAAAUUACCCUGACCUCAGAUGAAGAGCGAUUGGACACCCCUCCCCCCAAACCACCACGUGUCCGCGGUCCUGGCUGCCAGGUGGAAGGCGACGUGAAGGAGGAGAUCCUGCAGCCCCCGGAGCCGCGGCCCGUCCCCCCCAUCCUCACCCCUUCUCCACCCUCUGCCUUCCCCACCGUCACCAAUGUGCGCCAGGACAAUGACCGCUACCACCCCAAACCCGUGCUGCACGUCAUGGUGUCCUCAGCCCAGAGCCCUGACUUGAAUGAGAACUACAGCAAGGUCCUGGCGGGUGGGGACGGUGCCGCUGAGGUGGCGGAGCGUGGGCGGAGCUCGGAGAUUCUCAACACGCUUCGCAAGGAGGAGCCUCGCAACAUCGAGGGCAACGGGGUAUCGUCCCGAGGACAAGCCACAAAAGUCGCGGCUGCGGCCGCGUCCCCGUCCCUCGUCCCGGAACCGGACUUGCGACCUGAGGGGGACCCAGAGGCGCCGCCCCGGCCGAAUCACCUCCCGCUUCGCGAGAAGGGCCAGGCCGCCUGGGGGGCCCCGCCCCUCAGGACCGCACUCUGCUUCACCAACCCGUUGCACUUACACAGUUCGGACUCUGAGGGCGAGGUCACGGGGGGCGACUCCUCUUCGUCUUCCUCCUCCUCCUCGAUCUCCACCUCCACCUGCAGGGCCACGGAUCGAGCGGGUGUCUCCACUGCAAGUACCACUGUGUCUAUGGCCUCGCUUGGGGGUUACCCUCCGCCUAGGAAGGUGACCCCCAUGUCCAUUGCCGGCCAGACCCUCACUACGGAGCUGCCAGCGAAUGACUCCUGUCCAAAGAUCUCCAGGUCCGCGGGUUCGGCGGAGUGGGGCGUUAGCGCCGUAGACAGGCUUGGUGCAGUAACGCCACCCUCUCAGAGCUGCAGAGCCCAGAAGUUGGCAGGAAACGAUGAGCCAGUGGGAGGGGAGGACGGAAGGAUGGCCGGCACAGCGGCGGACACGAGCACCACCAGCCCGGGCCGAGGCAGCAAUGCAGUUAACGCUUUGCCUCCAGGCAAAGACACGGGCUCUGGCAUUCGCUGUGCAAAACCCAAAGGUCCUCGACAGCCCCCUGCAGAAUGGACAUGAUGGCUGUAGCUCCUUCCACCUCAGCACCUCUCCACAAGUGCCACUGUUUAUGGAGGAGCAGACUGCCUCCCCCCUCUUUCAGACAUGGCCUGCUGUUCCUCACUAACCAACACCAUCUCAAGCUGCGUAGAGCAUAUCCACAAUGCCAUGGUACAUAUCCUGCUGACUACCAGGGCUUCUGUACUGGUGCUAAAUCCAGAUGUCACUGGGACCACAAACCUGCCUUAUUCGCUCCCAGUCAGAGGACCACAGGUGGACACUUUGGUUCUAGUGAGAGAUUUCUCCCGUUGCAGUACUCUUAGCCUCGAUAUUUUCAUACACUGUAAGGUUUAUUUGUAGGGACAGUGGACUGCUGCUUUUUUGCUAACUUCUGGGUAGCUCUAUAUGCAUUGUUUUAUAACUGUACAGGGCAGGUAAUGAUAUAAUUUGACAGAUUUAACUGUUGGUAAGUAUUUUCACUAACAGGAUGUAAAAACUUUCUGCAUGAUUAGAAGCCCUUUGUGUCUCUCACUGCACAUGAUUUGCCCUCCUUUACAGAGUAUUUCAGGGUGUUUUUCCUACAUUUUCUUAAAUGGCUGGACAAUUCUGCAGACGAUAUGGGAACAAGAUUGUAAUUUUUUUUUUUUUGUAAAGUUUAUUGUAAAGGUUAUUUUUCUAUGAUGUUUUGGGGGUUUGCCCAUUCAGCAACCUGUGCCCUGCUGUAUUGCUAGCCUUGGAACUCACCUGUGCCUUUCAGGGAAGCGUGGGAGAGGGUUGUCUGUGGUGUGGUGGCUUACCACACCAGAACCUCACCUCUGGGAGCCCUGCCCUUGACGAACCCUUCGUAUACAGAUGUGUCUGUCGUGUCACGGGAACAAUCAACUUUUGUCAGUAAAACAAAUGUUGG